CUAGAGCAAGUCAAUCCCUGGUCUAAACAUACACACUUCUAACUGAGGUCUAACAUAUCGUGCAGUUCACGUAGAUAGAAGCCCAAGUCAAGAUUGUCAAAAUGCCCGCUAUAGAGCUGGGACAAUCCAUCCCGCCAGACACUGCUCAUGCAGUGAGCGUUCAGCUUCCUACGUGGAAGGCGAAUGUCGGCUAUGAAGAGGGAGAGUCAUGGGUCGUCGAUAGGAUGACAACCGGAUAUCCCAGAUUCUUCAUUCAUAGGAGCAUCGGAGCCUUGGCUGAAGAUCUGAUUGCACAGCAUGGCCCCUCUGAUCAGAAGGCCAUGUUGUUUCCCACUCCUCGUAUUGCGAGAAGGUGUCUGGCCUUUGUAAAGAAGCACGCAGAUGCUUCAAUUUCUGCCGAUGCCACCGUCAUUGAUUUCGGGCUCGACACGGCCAAGGAUAUCUCGCCGCUCUUGCGCUCCCUGUCACCAACCGUCUCUGCCGUGGUGUAUGCCCCCGAGGUGUUCCCCGUCGCCAAGCAGUACUGGCAGCAUACAGGAGACGGAAUCUCAAGCAGAAGGGCCGAGUUCUGUCACGGUCUACUAAAGGAGGGCCUCUUUGUGCCCGUGGCAAGGCCUAACUCGCCAGUGGGAAAGGUCCACAGAGGCCCGAAGAGAUACCACCGCCCAUCCUCCAUCGACGACACCAAGACAACUCACCACCCCGCGGCCAAGGUGAAUCCGCAGAGUGCGUUUGAAACGCAAGAAAGCCUGCGCUUCCUCGAGGAACGCUUUGGCCGCAAUCUCGACCUGUCCCUCGUCGAGCGCGCCAGGUCGGCCAUCAAGCGUAGAAUUGCGGGCGCCAUGGCCGCCGACAUGGAGGCCAGCAUCAGCUCACUGCCUCCCAUGGGAGAAAACACCAGAAAUCAAAAGGACUUGCAAGAGAGCGACGUAUACCUGUUCCCGUGCGGCAUGAACGCCAUCUACAACGCCCACAGGGCCAUGCUGCGCGCCAGGGGCGACCUCCAGUCUGUCAACUUUGGCUUCCCCUACGUUGAUACGCUCAAGAUCCUGCAAAAGUUUGGCCCUGGUUGUCUCUUCUACGGACGCGCUUCAGAAGAAGAUCUUGACGACCUCGAAAAGCGUCUGGAGGGUGGCGAGCGCUUCCUGGCGCUCUUCUGUGAAUUCCCCGGCAACCCCCUCCUAACCUGUCCAAACUUGGCGCGGAUCCGUACCCUCGCAGAUAAGUACGACUUUGGCGUCGUUGUAGACGAGACCAUUGGCAGCUUCAUCAACAUUGACGUGCUACAAUACGCCGACAUCGUCGUGAGCAGUCUGACCAAGAUCUUCUCGGGCGACUGCAACGUCAUGGGUGGCAGCGCCAUCCUGAACCCAAGCGGCAAGUAUUACCAGGCCCUGAAGGCUGCUUGGGUCGAGGACCUGGAAGACACGUACUGGCCAGAGGACGUCGUUUUCAUGGAGCGUAACAGUCGCGAUUUUGCCUCGCGUAUUGAGCGUAUCAACGAGAGUUCCGAGACCAUUUGCGACAUCCUCUCGGCCCACCCGCUGGUAAAAUGCGUCUAUUACCCCAGAGUCAACCCGACGAGACCCAACUACGAUCUUUGCAAGUUGCCCGGCGGAGGCUAUGGCGGCCUUCUCUCGGUCACGUUCCACAAGAAGGCCCACGCCAUUGCGUUCUUCGACGCCAUUGAGACGGCCAAGGGCCCAAGUCUGGGUACGAACUUUACUCUGACAUCGCCCUACGUACUAUUGGCGCAUUACCAAGAGCUCGACUGGGCAGCCGGCCUGGGUGUUGAUCCGGACCUCAUUCGCGUCAGUGUCGGACUGGAGGAGACGGACGAGUUACAAAUGAUUUUCACCAGUGCUCUUGAAGCAGUUGAAAUGUCCCAAGAUGCUUGAAUCGCACAGCAAAACUCGGUAGUAGAGGGUCGGUAAUGGAUAGUUGGGCGCGGAGGCACGCAGAAGCUGAAGGUGACAAGAAUUAUGAGAGUAGCGAGAAAGCACUCGCCAGUAACGACUGCAAGACUAUUUCUCACAUUCAAGUCUCGUCACGACCGGAAGCUCGAGCUACAACCGGCAAGGGUAUCUCUAAGAAAUCUAUGGGAAAGCGAAGAAGAAGAAAAUAAAACAUGGCAACAUUUACAUGAUGGAGCAUUCAGAGUGCACGUAUUCGGGACCAUAGUCUUCGAUGCCUCGUUCGAUCUCGUUGGCCCGUUGCUUCUCCUUAGCCUCCUUGGGAAAGUACUUGCGCAUGUAUCUCUCUAGUUGAAUAUCCAGAUUAUCUGCGAUCAUCAGUGUCAGACAGUUUACACUUUGUAUCAAGUAAUUUGUUC